AUGGGGAUACAUGGACUGCUGCAAUUUAUCAAAGAAGCUUCUGAACCUAUACACAUAAGGAAGUAUAAAGGGCAGGUGGUAGCUGUGGAUACAUAUUGCUGGCUUCACAAAGGAGCUGUUGCUUGUGCAGAAAAGCUAGCCAAAGGUGAACCUACUGAUAAGUAUGUAGGAUUUUGUAUGAAAUUUGUAAAUAUGUUACUAUCUCAUGGGAUCAAGCCUAUCCUGGUAUUUGAUGGAUGUACUUUACCUUCUAAAAAGGAAGUGGAAAAGUCUAGAAGAGAACGACGACAAGCCAAUCUCCUUAAGGGAAAGCAGCUUCUUCGUGAAGGGAAGGUCUCAGAAGCCAGAGAAUGUUUCACACGUUCUAUCAAUAUCACACAUACUAUGGCCCACAACGUAAUUAAAGCUGCUCGGUCUCAGGGAGUAGACUGUCUUGUGGCCCCAUAUGAAGCGGAUGCACAGCUGGCCUAUCUUAACAAGGCUGGCAUUGUACAAGCCGUAAUCACGGAGGACUCUGAUCUCCUUGCUUUUGGCUGUAAAAAGGUUAUUUUAAAAAUGGACCAGUUUGGAAAUGGACUAGAAGUUGAUCAGGCUCGUCUGGGAAUGUGCAAACAGCUUGGGGAUGUGUUCACAGAAGAGAAGUUCCGUUAUAUGUGCAUUCUUUCAGGCUGUGACUAUCUUUCAUCACUGCGUGGGAUUGGAUUAGCCAAGGCCUGCAAACUACUAAGACUAGCCAACAAUCCAGAUAUUUUAAAGGUCAUCAGGAAAAUUGGACAUUAUCUCAAGAUGAAUAUAACAGUACCAGAAGAUUACAUCAAAGGAUUUAUUCGGGCCAACAAUACCUUCCUCUAUCAGCUUGUUUUUGAUCCCAUCAAAAGGAAGCUCAUCCCUCUGAAUGCCUAUGAAGAUGACAUUGAUCCCCAAACACUAAGCUAUGCUGGACAGUAUGUUGAUGAUUCUAUAGCUCUUCAAAUAGCACUUGGGAAUAAAGAUAUAAAUACUCUCAAGCAGAUCGAUGACUACAAUCCAGACACUGCCAUGCCUGCGCAAUCAAGGAGUCAUAGUUGGACUGACAAAGCAUGUCAAAAAUCAUCUAAUAUUAAUAGCAUUUGGCAUAGGAAUUAUUGCCCUAGACGUGAACUGGAUAUUGUUUCAGAUACUACAAAGGUGAAGGAAAAUACAAGUACUGUGGGCAUUAAACAAAUGAUUAGUACUAAAGGGUUAAAUCUUCCAAGGAAGUCAUCCAUUGUAAAAAGACCAAGAAGUGAAGAGCUGUCAGAAGAUGAUAUGUUGGAUCAAUAUUCUACUUCCUUUACAAAGAAGAUCAAGAGAAAUAGUUGUGAAGGUAAUAAGUCAUUGAACUCUUCUGAACUGUUCAUGCCUGACCUGGUAGAAGGAACUACUGCUAAAAAAACCUUAAGCACACCACUGACGACAAGAAACAAAUUUGCAACAUUUUUACAGAAGAAAAAUGAAGAAAGUGGUGCAGUUGUGGUUCCAGGCACCAGAAGCAGGUUUUUUUCCAAUUCUCUGGAUUCUGCUGACUGUAUAUCAAAGAAAGCAAGCAGCCAGCCUCUAGCUGAAACUGCUGUCACAGAUAAAGAAACCAAUGGAGGUGAACCAGAUUGUCUAGAGGACAAAAAGUUGGAUGAUACCAGUGUAUCGCAUAAUUCCGGUGAGCAGAUUCCAGAUGAUGUGACUGUGAUGGCUGAAGAGUCUCAGUCUUUCAAGACCAGCACAUUCACGAGGACCAUCUCACCACCCACCUUGGGGACACUAAGAAGUUGUUUCAGUUGGUCUGGAAGUCUUAGAGAUUUUUCAAGAACUCCGAGCCCCUCUCCAAGCACAGCAUUGCAGCAGUUCCGUAGAAAGAGUGAUCCUUCCACCUCUCUGUCUGAGAAUACUGAGAUGUCUGAUGUAGCUCCGUUAAAGAGUGAUGAGUCAAGUGAUGAAUCACAUCCCUUACAUGAUGUGGGUUGGUCUUCACAGUCUCAGGAAAGCAUGGACUUGUCACCACACAAUUUAAAUGCAUCAAAACUUUCUCAGCCUUCUAGUAAGGAUUCAGAUUCAGAGGAAUCUGAUUGCAAUUUUAAGCCACUUGAUAAACAAGGUAAUCAGAAAUCCAAGCUACACUUGUUUCAUUUUUCGAAGAAAGACACGCUUCUAAGAAACAAGAUUCCUGGGCUGUAUAAAUCCAGUUCUGUGGACAAUCUUUCUACAACCAAGAUCAAACGUUUAGUACCUGCCAGAGCCAGUGGGCUGAGCAAGAAGCCAUCAAGCAUCUGUAAGAGAAAUCAUCACAAUGCCGAGAACAAGCCAGGACUGCAGAUCAAAAUCAAUGAACUCUGGAAAAAUUUUGUAUUUAAAAAAGAUUCUGAAAAGCUUCCUUCUUGUAAAAAGCCAGAUCCCCUGUCUCCAGUCAAAGAUAACAUCCAGCUAACUCCAGAAGAAGAGGAUAUAUUUAACAAUUCUGAAUGUAUGCGUGUUCAGAGAGCACUAUUCCAGUAA